CCGAACUGCUGGAAAAAGGGUUAAAGACUACAGUUUCUUGUGAGUUACGCUGACUUUAUUUUCUUGCGUCUAAUCAGAAUAAUCGUAUUCUUUAUCACGUACACGCCGUUAAACGGUCCGAAUUUCAAACCGCCAACGGUCGCGAGUUGUGACCUUGCACGCGCGUGCUGUGUACGUCCUUAUGUGUCGUUAGAGAACAGUUUUUGCGGGGUGACUCAUCAUGUCGACGUCACUCGAAAACCUACUGCGCUCUCAAGAAGACCUGGCCGGACGUAUAGAGCGUUUCAUGAGGAAUACACUGAAGAUCGGGCAAGAAAAACUUACUCUAAUUAUGCUGCAGCAACGGAGGCAGCUGUUAGAUACUUAUUGGCGUGAUUUUUCGUCAACUCACAAAUCUAUUAUUUGCGCAGCUGAUAAAUCAGUGCCUUACUUGAAGGAAGACGUUUCCAGCACUAUUGAAGGUACUUACCUUUCGCACGUCGUGGACUUGGAGGAGAGGAUUGCCCUACUCGCCCCAGACCGGAAUAAGCCAGGAGACGAGAAUUCUUCCGGCAAAGCGUCGUCAGGCGAACCGACUUUACCCACGAUCUCGCUGCCCACGUUUUUUGGGGAUCUCCUACAGUGGGAAAGUUAUCGGGAUCAAUUCAGAGCUCUAAUUCACGGCUCGAAAAAGUUAAGUAAGGUGCAAAAAUUACAUUAUCUCAAAUCUAGUCUUACAGGUGACGCAGCAAAAAUGCUUACCUGCACUCCGAUGACGGACGGUAAUUACGAGGCAUCGUGGGCGUCCCUGGAGCGUCGCUACGGCAAUAAAAGGAUCUUAGCGGCCUCACACAUGCAUCGCAUCCUCACUUGUGCUCCCAUAGUAAAGGCGUCCUCUCAGGAAAUUAAAAGGAUUCUCGACGAAUUCCGCCAGUCAAGGAAUGCACUCGCCUCUUUGGAGCGACCGGUGGAGUCGUGGGACGAAUGGUUUUCGUUCCUCCUCACCGAAAAGCUGGAUCAAACCACGAGACUCGCUUGGGAAACUUCCUUGGUUGAUCCCACUACGCUUCCCCCGUUUGAGGCGUUAGUGGAUUUUCUGGAAAAUCGUGCUCACGCUAUUAUUUCUGCUCAAGGUACGAAUGCGGCGACGCCCCUCCUCCAGUCCAAGGAAGGCUCCAAGCGGACACCCGUUGCAAAUGCUCGACCAAGGGUAACAUUGACCACGAACGCCAAGGAAACAGCCAAGCCUAAGACAGCAAAAACGUGCCCGUCGUGUGCUGGCUCACACACUCUUGGCCACUGCACUAGGUUGAAGAAAAUGAAUCCGCAAGACCGUUUGUCGCUGGUAAAAAAGGUAGGCGUGUGUACAGCAUGUCUAAAUUCAGGUCAUGAAGUUGCAGCCUGCAAGUCAAACUUUCGCUGCCUGGUUUGCGAGGCCAAUCACCACACAUCGUUACACGAUGCCUUUCGGGAAGAUCAACCAUCGUCAUCCAAGGCAAAUAUAAUUACACCGAGCACGAGUGCUGCUUAUACGGUCCGAUCUCAACGGGUGAUUUUAUUGGCAACCGCGCCGGUCCGCUUGGAGUCGACUGAGGGUCGCACUUUAGACGUCAGGGCUCUUUUAGAUCCAGGCUCUGAGUCGUCAUUUGUUAGCGAGAAGGUCGCGCAAUCGCUCCAGCUACAGCGGAAAAGUGUGAGGGUGUUACUCACCGGUUAUCAGGAGAAGAGCGUCGGGAUGGCCAAACACGAAGUCUCCGUCGAGCUUACGUCCUGCGCAGACAGCGACUUCCGCAUCACUCUUAACGCGUUGGUGACAAGGAAAGUCACCUCUCCAACUCCGUCUCAUCCAGUGGAGGACCAUCCAUGGAGUCACAUGCGGGGAUUGCCGCUGGCCGAUCCGGAGUUUAGAUUACCACGUAGAGUCGACGUACUUCUUGGAGCCGACGUUUGUGGGUACCUUUUCUUGGAAAAUAAGGUAGGCCCUCCUGGAACUCCGUCGCUAGUCCGCACGCCGUUUGGAUGGUCCCCUUUGGGGCCGGUUUCGACCUCCGACGAUCCAGCUUCAGGGGUGGCUCGGGUGCAACUCAUCCGAGGCCUGGAUGAUGUCCGAAACGACCUGCAAAGAUUUUGGGAGCUUGAGGAGGUCCCUUCGAAGUCUCCGUGGAGCCCUCAAGACACAGCUUGUGAGGAGUAUUUCAAGGAAACGCACUCACGUGAUGAACUAGGACGUUACGUGGUGCGGCUUCCAUUUCUGAAGGCUACACCCGAAGACAUCGGAGUGCCGCGACGUGCCGCUCUUCAACGGUUUCUGGCUGCCGAACGAAGAUGGGAGAAGGACUCCUUUUUGCAAACAUCUUAUGCGGGCUUCAUGGAGGAGUAUCUGAGACUGGGCCACAUGGAACCAGCCUCCAAGUAUGAUGUCGCUAACGCCAAUUACCUGCCUCACCAUGCAGUCUGGAAAACCACCGGGUCAGGAAAUAAAAGGAUUCGAGUUGUCUUUGACGGAUCUUACGUUUCAGGCAACAGACCUUCGCUGAACCAGGCUCUUGCGUCAGGACCACGUCUGCAGUCCGACCUUUGGCUGGUGCUCACUCGGUGGAGGUUCCCGAGAUCCGUAUUUUCUACGGACAUAGUAAAGAUGUUCCGUCAGAUAGCCGUCCAUCCUGACGAUCGAGAUUGGCAGCGCAUACGGUGGAGAGACGAAGCUGGAAACGAAGUCCGUGAUUUUCGUUUAACCACGGUCACCUACGGGACAACUUCAGCCCCUUACCUUGCUCUACGAGUUCUACAACACCUGGCAGACGAUGAGGAACAACGAUUUCCUUUGGGCGCAGCCAUCUUACGUCGAAAUUCCUACGUGGACGACCUGUUGGCUGGAGCCGACGAUCCUGCCAAGGCUGAGGAGUCUCGACAGCAGCUAAUCGGCAUCCUCAUGGCGGGCGGGUUCCCUCUUGAUAAGUGGACGCUGAACUACACGUCCCAAGGGGAACCUAGUGAAAGAGAUCACAAAUUCCUGCAGGCGAGCAACGACGCGGAGACGCUAGGACUGACUUGGAAUGCGGUGGCAGACACGCUUACUGUUACCUCGGCCAAAUCGGACCAACCGUCAACCAUCCGAACUUGGACGAAACGACUCGUCCUUUCUUACACUGCUCGACUCUUCGAUCCGCUUGGAUGGGCCUCACCAGUACUCAUACGCGCCAAAACACUACUGCAAGAUCUUUGGUUGUCAGGAGCAGAUUGGGACGAACCGCUUUCAGUCCGCCUGGAGGAGUCGUGGCUUCAGUUUCGUCAAGAUCUGGAAGAGAUGACUGCGGGAUCAUUCGUGUGGGUGGAAGAUUGGAUCAUGCAUCGCUCACCUACGAUCAACGGCAUCCAAUCCUCGUUCACCGUCGGUCUAAUUUGGCUGAGCUAA